AUGGUGUCUCGCCACUUCGUGAGCAUCACGGCCUUGUUGGCCUGCGGUCUAGUCCCUGCGCUCGCGCUCCAGACCUGGUCACUGGGGGACAGCGCGACGUGGAGCCUGAACAACAGCGCUGGCUCCGCAAACAUAAGUGAUGUGCCCGUGACCCUCCCUUCAUGCGCCCUUGGCUCCCUGCUGGAGGACGGACGACUGGCCGGCGACCCGCUGUACAGGUACAAUGAGCUGGACUACCGGUGGGUGGCGGAUGACACAUGGACGUGGACGGCCAGCUUCCCCUCCCCGCAGCCGGCCGAGAACGCCACGCACUGGCUCCUGACCAUCGGCGCCGUGGACGGCGUGGGUCAGGUGGCCCUGAACGGCAAGGUCCUGGCCUUUCCCCGCAACUCCCACCGGCCGGUUGAGGCAGACGUGAGUGGCCUGCUGGCGGAAGAUGGCAACAACACCCUCACCGUGACAAUCGAAUCCGCGGCCGCCGUCGCUGCGGCCGCUGCGGCCGUCUACCCCUACCAGGUGCCCGCCGUGCGUCAGGUGGGCGGCCUCCCCCACUACAACUUCAUCCGGAAGGCGGCGUCUGACUUUGGCUGGGACUGGGGCCCCGCCUUUGCCCCUGCCUGCAUCCUGGGCGACGUCACGCUGACGGCCUACAGCGGCCCCUACCUCACCGGCCUGGCGCUGGCACAGGAGGAGCAGAGCAAUGGCAGCUUCCUGAUCACGGCCACGGCAUUCUUUCAGGCCCCGCCCGGCGAGCAUGGCGGCCUACUCAUCCUGGACAUGGGCAACCAGACCUUGUCCGGGGCCUGGAGCGCGGAGCAGGAGGUGCUGCUGUCCUGUGGCGGGGCUGAGGAAAGCGCGGCGGUGGGAGCCUCAGCAUCGUCGGGCCCCGCCUGCGCAGCUGCGGCCGCCCUCCCGGCCAGCUGCAGCGCCGUCAUCUCUCUGACCGUCGACCCGCCCUUCCAGCGCUGGUGGCCCUGGGAGCUGGGGUCGCCCACGCUGUACGACCUGGAGGUGCGCUUCGAGCCGGAAGGGGCGGGCGACGCGCUUUCUUCCCUCACCCGCGCCGUGGGCCUGCGCUCCGUGGAGCUGGUCACCGAGGCCCUGGUGGAGGGCGGGCGCGCGGUGGGGGAGACCUUCUUCCUGCGCGUCAAUGGCGUGCCCAUGUUCGCGCGCGGCGCCAACGUCAUCCCCGACGACGUGCUGGAGAGCGCGGUGACGCCCGCCAGGCUGGCGCGCCAGGUGGCGGACGCGCGCGCGGUGGGCAUGAACAUGCUGCGCGUGUGGGGCGGGGGGAGGUACGCCGGCGACGCAUUUUACGCCGCGGCGGACGAGGCGGGGUUGCUGGUCUGGCAGGAGGUUAUGGCCGCCUGCGCCGCCUACCCCCGCGACGCACCCUUCCUGGAGGAGGUGGCGCUGGAGGUCAGGCACCAGUUCACGCGGCUCAGCGCCCACCCCAGCGUCGUGCUGUGGGGCGGGAACAACGAGGUGGAGGCCUCCUUCGGCUGGAGCCCGGUCACCCGCGCCGCCCCGCAGCUCUUCGCCGUGGACUUUGCCGCCCUGUUUGUGGACGUGGUCAGGCCCGUGCUCCAGGAACUUGACCCCGGUGUCGUCUACGUGGACACCUCCCCCAGCAAUGGCCUGCUGUCCUCCAACCCCUACGUCAAGAGGUGGGGGGACGUCUCCGACCCCGCAUAUGGGGACGUGCACUUCUACGACUACACCUCUGACGCCUUUGACCCCGCGACAUACCCCCCGGCCAAGUUUGUCUCCGAGUUUGGCUUCAUGUCCUUUCCCUCCUUCUCCGUCUACCAGACUGUGACGGAGCUGGGAGACUGGGACCUGUCCAGCGCGAUGACCGACUUCAGGUUGCGCCACGCGGGCGGGGUGCAGGAGCUGCAGCGGCAGAUGGGCCGCCACUUCCUGCAUGCCUCGGGCGAGACCCCCCCCGUCAGCGCCUUUGACGGCCCCGUCGGCGCCUCCGACGGCCCCACCGUGACCAUCGGCGGCCCCGACGUCAUCGUCGCGGGGCCCAACACCACCAACUCCUCGGAGAGCCCCGUGGCCCUGCAGUACAAGGCCUUCACCCACCUUUCCCAGGUGCAGCAGGCGCUGGCGUACGAGACGGCGGCUGGGGUGUGGCGGCGCGGGCGGGACGACCCCGCCACCCGCACCAUGGGCAUGCUCUACUGGCAGCUCAACGACAUCUGGCAGGGCCCCUCCUGGUCGAGCAUCAACCACGGCGGGCAGUGGAAGCUGCUGCACCAUGCCGCGCGCCGCUUCUUCGCCCCCGUCUACCUCUCCGCCUGGCGCGACGGCGACACCCUGCGCGCCUCCCUGGUCAACGACCUCCCCUUGGACGUGCGCGGUCUGCUGUCGGUCGACGCCGUGCUGUACGCGGCGCGGUCCGAGGCCGACGUGGUGACGCUGCUGCCGCCCACGGCUACGCACGCGGCCGCGCUGACCGCCGCGCCGGCCUGGUCUGGGGGCUUGGCCUCGCUGGCGGACGCUGUGACGCGGCAGGCGCAACCCACGCAGCUGACGUACACCUCCGACUACGUGCUGCGCCUCCGUUUCUGCCCCACAGCCGUGCAGGCGGCCGUGGGGCUGCCCAAUCCCUUUGAGGUAGAGACGGCGGGGGACGGGGCGGGCGGCAACGACACGCAGGUGGCCGCCGCCUCCUCGGCCGGUCUGACAGGGAGUUCGGCCAAUGAGUCGUGCAUGAGCAGCAUCGCCGGCCUGGGCGCGGCGCCCGGCUCGGCCGCCUGCGCUGCGGCGUCGUCGGCGCUGGUGUGCGGCGAGGCCCUCUUUCACCCGACCGAGUUCGUGGACGCCUCGCUCUGGGGCCCGCCGCCGGUGCUAUCGGCGCGCGCGCUUCCCGGUGCGCAGACGGGGGACUCUGGAGCCCUGGUGCUGGAGAUCAGCAGCGACGUCGUGGCGCUGUGGGUGGCGGUGGAGCCGCCGCCGGGGCUGGCUGGGAAUUUCAACGCCUCGGGGUUCAUGCUCCUGCCCUGGCAGCCGCAGGUCGUGGUCUUCACCCCCGACCCGGUGGAGGAGGGCGCCACCGGCGCAGCGCCCAUGACCGCCGAGGAGCUGGCGUCCAAGGUGACCCUGCGCUCCCUGCAGCAGAGCAUGCAGGAGUACGAGGCGGGGAACCCCAGCUCCUCGGCGCUGGGGCUCUUGAAUGGCGUGUCGCUGCGGCUCAGCGUCCUGGGCCUGACCAUCUUUAUCUUGACAAUGCUAUGA